GAGACGCAGCAGUAGAACCAGGGGACGCUCUGUGUGCACCCUCGAGGAAACAUCAAACCAGCACGGACAUAGACGCAGCAGCAGACCCAGGGGCCGCUCUGUGUGCACCCUCGAGGAAACAUCAGGCUCACUUUCUCUCUGGACACAUCAUCACUUGGGUGAAACUGCACCACUUAAAAUCAGAAGAAACCGCCUCACUCCCCCAAACCCCUACGGCUGGUUGCAAGCUAUUGGGACUUGGGAGCAGCUGCAGACUGUCUGCUGAAAUUCACACUAGUGCCAGAAGUGAACCACCACAACACUUUAAUGCAAAGGACAGCAGCAGGAGAUCACAAGCUGCCAGCCACGGGCACCCGAGAUGAGGAGGCGGUCAGGAGAGCUUCUUCCCCUCUGAUGACUCCAAGGCGCCAGCGGCUGGUCACCAAAGAUGGGCACUGCACCCUGCGGAGUGGCAGCCAGCGCGGCUCCCCUGCCAAAGGGCUGCUCUACCUGCGUGACAUCUGGAGUACCCUGGUGGACCUGCGCUGGCGCUGGGUUAUGCUGGCCUUCUGCACCUCCUUCCUGGCCCACUGGCUCCUGUUUGCCUGCCUAUGGUACCUGCUGGCCCACCUGAACGGGGACCUGGAAGUGGACCACGACCACCCCCCACCCAACCACACCGUGUGCGUCAAGUACAUCACCAGCUUCACAGCCGCCUUCUCCUUCUCCCUGGAGACCCAACUCACCAUCGGCUACGGCACCAUGUUCCCCAGCGGGGACUGCCCCAGCGCCAUUGCCCUGCUGGCUGUGCAGAUGCUCCUGGGGCUCAUGCUGGAGGCCUUCAUUACAGGUGCCUUUGUAGCCAAGAUCUCCAGACCCAAGCAGCGGGCAAGCACCAUCAAGUUCAGCUCCUCAGCUGUAGUGGGGCACCACGAGGGGGAGACCUGCCUCAUGUUCCGCGCAGCCAACAUGCGUGCGAGUCCGCUGACCGGUGUGCGAGCAAGCGGCGUGCUAUACCAGGAGCGCGACAAGCAGACGCUGCACCAGACCGGGGUAGAGUUCCACCUGGACCGGCUGGGGGGGAGCGAGUGCCCCUUCUUCAUCUUCCCUCUCACCUUCUACCACCCCCUCAACCGCUACAGCCCCCUCUUCCCCGUCCUGCAGGAGGGCAGCCUGGCACACUUCGAGCUGGUGGUCUUCCUGUCUGCAGCCCAGGAGGGCACGGGCGAGUCUUGUCAGAAGAGGACUUCCUACACGCAGGCCGAGAUCAAGAUGCACCACAGCUUUGCACCCUUCCUGGAGCUGGGUGCGCAGGGCUGCUACACCGUAAACAUGAGCAACUUCGACACGGUGCUUCCAGAUGGCUCACUUUCAAAAGGAGAUGGGGAGAAUGACUUUGCUGUUCAAAUCAAUGGAGAUCAUGCAGAGACAUCUGCAGGUAAUGACUGAGUGUGGGAAUAGAGGAGGGGAAGUGGGGUCAACCUUAAAAAUAGCUUUGUUUCUGAUAACCCAGCCCUAUGGAAUUUAUACAAAAUUUAAAAUAACCUGUAGGAAACUUCUUUAGACCCAAAAAUGUUACGCAUGCGUGCUCCAGGCUGAAUGUGGAGAAAUGGCAGUUGUUUUCACUGUCAGUUGUAGAAAAAGAAAAACAUCAUCAUCAUGUCCUGUAUAAUAUCAGCUUUUUUUUCAGGUCACACAAAGGCAAAAAUGUUUUGCAAUCUGUCUGUUUUUAUCUACCUCUUAACUUUUUAUAUUUUAGUUUGAGCGCAGGCUCUAUUUAAAAGCUUCUGUUAGGUCCUAAUAUAAUUUUUUUGCUAAAGAUAAAAGAAUCUUGUAGCCUACACAUGCUAAUGACAAUUGUGUUUCUUCAUUAAGUUUAUUCAAAGCCUCCUGUCUAGCUUGUUAGAGACUAACAAUGAGUGGUAUGGUAUGUAUAGGGUUUGUUUUAUAUUAAUAAAAAACAAACUUGAA